CAAAGGCGGGAGGCAAAGCCCUGGGCGGGCGCCGGCUGGCCCUUGAAGGGGAGCCGGGGAGGAGCCGGGCUGCUCCGGAGUCCUUGCACCGGAGCUGGGCGCCGCCGGGCUCGGGCCGCCCCGGGCGAAGGAGGAGGAUGCGCGCAGCCUUCGCGGGACUCUCGCUCCUGCUGCUGGCGGCGGAACAGAGCGCGCGGGUCUGCACCAUCAUCCAUUAUCUUCUCUCUGGCCGGUAUCUCUGGUGCUGGUUGACCAUUGCCUUGCUUCUACCUGACUAUAUAGUUCAACUCCUCAGCUUCUCUUGGUUCCGGGCAGAUGGGCACAGAGGCUGCUGCUGUCUGGUGAUAGUGCACGUGCUGCAGCUGGGGAUUUGGAAGCGGCAUUGGGACGCUCUGUGGACAGCUGCGAAGGCUGGAGGAAGCUCCAUUGCUGGAGAUCUCCUCAUGCAGCUGGGGGACCUGUCAGUUCUGCGGCUCUUGGAAGCCCUGCUGCAGACCUUGCCCCACCUGUUGCUCCAGAGCUACGUUUUUGUAGCGGUGGAACUGACUGGCCUUGUCCCAGGUGUGAGUGCUGGACUUUCCCUGCUCUCCCUCUCCUGGUCUUUAGUCUCUUACAGCCGCUUUACAUGCCUAAUGAAACCAGGUCAUCUCUACAUGCCAGCAGCGGCCCUCCUGUGCCAGUUGUUGUGGAGGACAGGAAUGCUAGGAACGAGGGUCGUGGCCCUGGUCCUCUUUGCCAGAGUCUAUCCUGUCUGGGUUUUUGUCGCAGCAGGUGCUCACUGGCUGGUGAUGUCCUUCUGGCUGGUGUCUCAGCAAACUGACAUCAUAGCGAGUUCCUGUCACUGGAGACUGUUCAACUUCCUGGUGGGGGCCGUGUACAUCUUCUGCUACAUUAACUUCCAAGCUGGCCCCUCCAGGUACAGAGUGGCUGUGUUUUAUGCGAUAAUGCUGAUAGAGAACAUCUUCCUUUUGAUGUUGGCCACAGACCUCCUGCAGGGGGCGCGGCGGGAGAGCCUGUUUAUGACAGGGGCUGUGAUGGCUGGAUUCGUGAUCGGCUCUGCGGCUCUGGUCAUCUAUUACAGUCUGCUACAUCCCAAAUCCACAGAGAUCUGGCAGAGUUUCCUGAAGAAAUCUUGCAGCAUCACAGCUGCAAAGUAUAACGGGACCGAAGGAUCCACUUUCCGGUCCGUAAAUGAAGCUGGGGAGAGCUUUGGAAUUUCAGGUCAGGGGGACAUUGUCUCUUCAAAUGCAGAAGUCUCGAAGGUGGUGCAUACCAGGCCUGCUUCUAGAGCACACAGUGAGACCUCACUUGGAGAACUUGAAGGUCAUACUUCUGUGAAAGAUACCUGGGUGAACCAUCAUCACUGGCUGUUGGUAAAGCUAGCCUUGAAAACUGGGGAUAUGUCCAAGAUCAACACAGCCUUUGGAGACGGUGGAAUUGGGGAGCUUUACCCUUCAGGAUGGGUGGCAAGCAAACACUGCAGUGCCGUGCUUGGGCCGAAGACCAAACUUGGCUUUUCUUCGGUGGGAAAAUGCCCUGGAACCCCUAAAGCCAGAGUGGUAGGACAGAGACUUCAGGCAGAAGAGAACAGCGCUGGAGAAAGCCUGAGCAAGAAGGAGACAACUUACGUCACUCUAGCAAGCAGCGAACACAACAUGUGCUCUGUUAGAACAAUGCCAACCCUGCAAGAGGAGCACAGGCCAACACCAAAGGCCCCUGACUGCACAGACUCGAUGAGCAGACGUGAAGCUCAGGCAGACAAAGCGGGAGACUUGUCUGCUCCUCUCGCUUCAAACAGCAGUGCCAACGGCAGCACUGACUUGGAAGCUGUUGUGGAGCACCCAGAAGGGACAGCUCAGAUGCACGAGAGUCUAACUCUGUACUUCAGUGCCAAUGCAGAGGCCACUGCAUCUCUGAACGGAGGUGGGGGAGCAGCCAGCUGUGUGGCUGAUGGCCUUGUGGUGCUGGUGGAGGACAGCAGGCUCAAGCCUGUACCAGACAACAUCGUAGGUAAAGGAGAGGGCUUCCCCAUUACCAUGGCUAAUAUCAGUCCAAUCCUGGGCAUUGGCACUCCUGGCUUUCUGCAGAGCCGUCCGUCCCUCUGCUGCACCAGUCAGUGCAGUGCAUUGAGUUCAUCCGAGGAGACCUCGGAGCUCACGGAGCAGGCACAGUGCCACCACUGGGGAACCGCGUCCCUUGGGACUUGGGUUGCUGCUGUGAAGAGGAGACUACGGCCAGCUGAGGAACCCUGCUACACGUCCACUCCCAAGGCUGACCCCCCCCAGCCAGGACUGCAGGUUGAGAGAGGCAAAGGAGAGGGCGAAACUGACGGGAUUGAUGGAGCAAUUGUAAUGGAGUGAGACUAAAUUAACCAGCUGGGGCUGUGUGUUUGGUGUCCAAUCCAGUCCUCUGACAUCUUGUUAAUAAUUUACUCUUAAGUCUCCAUAGGAGCAUACAGCUCCAGUUCUUGUCUGUCUGGAGCUCUAACCUUUUCCUCCUGCUGGGGUACGUUGCUAGAUUCCUUCUUCCUGCACCCACGUACUGUAUCAUGCAGAGUAGCUCCCCAGUUGUGUGCUGUCUCUUACCACUCCUGCUAGAGUCCAACUCUGGAGCUGUGCGCUUGCUCCUUCUGAAAUGGCCAUGGUCUUCUGCAAUCUGGGGACAUGAUGCAUAGUAAAUUGGCAGUAGCAGAACCUGCUGUAAGUAGUGGGGCAACGGUUCUGCUGCUUAACGGAGGUUGUGACGAUAGUACUUGGGUAUGUUUGGGGUUCUGUGGGUGGGCCAGGAGGGGUGUUCCAUUAGAUGUGAAAUCCUGCGAUGGCAGGCAUUCACUGGAAUGGGCAAGGGACUGUCUCAGGGGACUAACACUGGGCAACAGAAUCUUCCGCUGCUCGGGCACGAGAGCAUAUCCAGCACCAGACAUGAUUUUCAGUCACUUUUACAACUUCAAAGUGCAUCAAAGCAAAAGUGCCAACGUUUUUCUAAUGCAUUAACUACUUGGGAAAGGACGGGGGGUUGAUGGAAAACGGGCCGAGUGUCUUCCACAGAGCAUGCUAGCAAUGCCAGCGGAUACGACGAAUGCCAGAGACCCUCUCUGCCUGGUUCUGACUCUAGGGCUGAGGCUGCAGCAGUAGGAACUGUAGUCUUGUCUACGAUGGCCUAGCUCUGCUGCCUGCAGCAAAGGGAAGGUACAGAUGUUAAAUCGGGCAUUUAAAGAUCUUACUAAGCAACUAAAGCAUGGGGCCUCUUAUGUAUUUGUGACAACGUCUUGAAACUCGGCCAUUAGCAGCCCUCCUUCCAGAGGGUUAUUUCCCCAGCGGCUUGCUUCUCCCCAGCUUGGAGGAACAGCUGCUGGCUGGGUGGUUUUUGUAUCUUGACCUCUGCCCGAAGCCAGAGUCUUUCCCUUUCAGGGCAAACACGAGUUCACAACCAGGCACCGUGAUCUUCCCUUCUAGGGUGGGGAGGGCCGACCAAUCCCUGUGGCAGGGUUCAGGAGGCCUUUGCCCCCAGGGGACUUUUCACCUCCACUUCCAGGUGGCACCAUGAAGGAGCCCCGCUCCUCUUUCUACUCCAGGCUGAAGCCCCUCAGGGUAUGUUUACACUGCAGCUGGGUGAGCUCCCAGCCCAGGUAGACAGACUUGCACUAGCUUGGCUUGAGCGAGGGUGCUAGAAAUAGCAGUGUGGACGUUGUGGUUCCAGUGGAGACUCAGGCUGGCCACAUGAGCUCAGAUCCAGUAAAGCCUGAGCUGCUGCCCAAGCCGCAGUCUCCACACUGCUAUUUUUAGCGCACUAGCUGAAGCCCAGCUGGCGUGAGUCUGCCCGCCCAAGCUGGGGGGCUCGCUCCCAGCUGCAGUGUAGACAUACUCUAAAUCAGGAGCAGAAUCCUGCCUGUCACAGAGCCGCUUCCUACGCUGACCUCUGCUCAGGCUUUCUCUCCAGCCUUCUCCUUGCAGUCCUCCACCCAACUGCUCCAUCUCCAGGCCUGUUUCCCUGCUCCCUAGGGAAGGCCUCACUCCAGAUCUUGCUUCAAUCCUGCUGUCUCCCAGACUGAGCACAGAGCUUGCCUGCCCCCAAUUCAAACCAGGGCUGACUUCCCGCUUGGUCACGUGAUCCGUCGGGGGAAACUGAGGGGCUGAGCCUUGGAGCAGGGGUGGCUGGACCUACGCGUGCCCUUAAAGGGACACACUGCACUACAGCUCAGAGGGCUGGUCAGCGAGCUGCUGGCUUGGCUCACAGUCUGUAGUGUGCCAGUAUCCAGCGCACAGACACAGAGAACAGGGUGAAUAAAUGGCCCCCCAAAAUGUCCUUGCUAUGUCUGAGCAUUCCGUUAAAAUGGAUGGUUUGUCAGUUCCAGGCAGUGACUCCAGCCCAGCUGAAGCAGGAACAGAAAACAGGUGGGGAUGGAAUUGGGCGUUUCUUAGCUUAGCCAGAACAAUAAUGUUUGGAGUCAUUUAUUUCAAGCCCAGGCAAAUUCAUUUCCUUCCUCGUUUAACAAAAGAAGUGAAGUCACAUUGGUCUUUGGGCACUAUCCCACUCGUAUUGACUACACCUGGCAGAAUUGGCCUGCUGUGCCGCUAACAUGGCCUGCUGCCAAGGAGGAGAGCCGUGAUUUACUGACCAGGCGAGCAAUCAGUAAAAGCUCCCUUCCCUAUUUUGAUUGAGUUUUAACAGCUUGGACGUGCCUAGUUGGGCAGGUUUCACAAGAUGGAUUUUCAUGUAUUUAACUAACGCUUGGGUGCUAAUGUCACAUUGAAGCUAGUUUCCAGUGUAACUAACUCGGGAUUGUAUUUUUUUAUGACUAUAAAAUAGCAUUUUGGAUGUGCUCGGUAUGGAAAGAGACAGUUGUAGUGAGUUCUGAUCUCACUAACUACAUCAGCAGAUACAUUAUGGAGGCACAGUAGUGGCUCCAUUCUUCAGCUUGUAUUACGCUUUUACCUUGGACAGUAUCUCUGACUGACGGGUGUUUUAAAAACCACGAAAAGUAACAAAUCCUGUCUGAAUUUUUGGAUGUGUUGUGUUAACUGAGGGGUGCUCAAGGGACAAGAUAUAUCCCCAAAAAUGUAAUUUGGGCUGCUCUGUCUCACCUUUGGAAAAGAAAGCCACUGCAGAGCUUUAUAGCAAACAACAACGAACGGCAGCUCUGAUGCAAAUACACUAUCGUUCCAUUUCCAUUGUAGAAAAGAGGGAAAAAGUUAUUUGUCCCUAAACACAAAAGAGUCACACCUAGAAUAGCCAAUGAAGGUCUCCGCCUUGAUUCAAUGUGUCUUAUUUCUGGUUAGUGCAGGCUCAAAAACCAGAAAACAAUAUUGAGACAAGCUCAAGUUUUAGAUUCCAUUUUAUUUUUGUCCAUUUUUGAUACGUGCUGAUUGGUUUUGUUUUUUUUUCGCAAAACAACCUUCUUUUGUUUGAGAAAUUCAGCCGUUCUCACGCUGACAUUUUGCCCCAGAAAAGGAAAUGCGAGCGUGACCACGUUGAACAGUUCAGCCAGAGUCGCUCUCAAUGAGGAGAAAGGAGGUUUUGCAGGGAGCUCUCCUGCAUCACACAACUUCCCCCUGCCCAACAAGGCUAAUGAAAUGGAGGGGUGAUGGAAAUGGGUGUGGCUGCAUCUCCUGCAGCCUAGGGAAGCAUGGAGAAUCAGCCCCAGGGUUAGAGCACUUGUCUAGGGCUUGAGAGCUGGGUUCAAUUCCCUUCUCUGCCACAGACAUUUUUGUGUGCCCUUAGGCAACUCACUUAGUCUCUCAGUGCCUCAGUUCCCCAUCUGUAAAUGGAGAUAACAGUACAGCCCUUAGAGUUUAAAGUGCUCAGAUACUACUAGAGUGAUGGGAGCCAGAUGAGUAUCUUAAGUAUAGCCAGAGGCCUGGGGGCCGAGGAGGAGCAUAUUGCUCUAGUUGCAGGCAAAGCCAAGGUGGGUGCCUGCAGCCACUGUGAAGGGAGCUUGGAGGUCAGGAAGGGGUAGGAAUGUGGGUGGGAACUUGGGAAAGUCACUUAGCCCUACUCGACUCCAGUUGAUAUUGCCAUCGUAUCUACUUCACAGUGAGGAUCCAUAAUGUGCUUAAAAUCCCCCCUGCUGAAAUGUGUAAUCUAGUGAAAGUGGGACAAGCUGCAUGUAAGAGGUCUGCUGUAUUCCAGGCCCAGCUGGACCUUCGAACAAAAAGCCAACACGCCUAUUGUGUGGCAACGUUAACCGUCCUCAGCUGGACCAAAGCAAGGAGAGCUGGAGGCAAGCCGGAUUCUAGCUUAGCUCUGCUGUAUUUAAAUAAUGCCGCCAUUGAUUGAUUUUCUGUGCAACGACUGCCGGGGACACCCCAGAGGGAGUUCAUGCAUGUGAGCCAAUUUCAUCCCAGCAGGGGUGACUGGGACCCAGUGUUUCUGCCUUAGUUCAGACUAUCCUGGCUUUCCUAGGUGAGUCGAUGCACUCUAUUUCAGCUACUUUUAUCGCUCCGUUUACCCUAAUGUCUGCCUUACGCUCUAGGAAGUAUUUUUCCACACAACGGCCCUGGGCGUUAGGAAAGCACUGUGUCCCAUGUUACAGGUAGGACACUGAGACACAGAGAGGCUAAGUAACUUGCCUAAGGUCUCACACAAAGUCAGUGGCAGAGCAGGGACUUGAACGCUCAUGUCCCAAGUACUAGAAUCCUGCCCUAACUGCUGGACCAUCCUUUCUCGCCAGAGAACUGCCUUUGUAAUUCCCCCAUGGGAUUCAUGGGAGGUUGGUGUCCACCUCCAGCUGGAGAUCUGCCCCCCUUUACAGCAUUGAUAUACUUUGUCCUUGUUGCUUGUACAGUGUAAAUGGUUCUACCGCGCAGGGGAUUCUGCUUUGUGUCAGGCUGGAGUUCACUUCACCAGCAUCUUGCUACUGGGGAGACUUGCAAAGGAACAGGUGGGAGCUAGGGACCCAUCUCCCCCUGACUUGCAGUAGGAGUUGGGCUGCUUUGAAAAUCCUCGCCCUUGUUUAUUAUUUAUAUGUACAGUAACUCCUCACUU